UGUAUUGCGUGUAUUGCGUGUAUAUACUAGUGGAUUGAUCGGGUGUGCGUUGGUAUAUACAUAUAUAGCAAUUUUCUGUACAUGUUACGGACUCUCGUGGCCGGUGCGCGACGUUGUAUCCGCACGAUGUCCGCUGUCACGAUGCAAAAGCCGGAGGUGGUGUUCAUCCUAGGCGGCCCGGGUGCCGGCAAGGGCACGCUCUGCCGCUACAUUGUCGAGCAUUACGGUUAUGUUCAUCUAUCGGCUGGUGAUCUGCUGCGCGAGGAACGCGCCAAACCUUGCUCGGAGUAUGGUGAGCUCAUCGAAACGCAUAUCAAAAACGGUACGAUUGUCCCGGUGGAGAUCACCUGUAGCCUUAUCGAUCGCGCCAUGCAGACAUCCGAGAAUCCGCAUCACCGAUUUCUCAUCGACGGCUUUCCCAGGAAUCAGGAUAAUCUUGACGGUUGGAAUAAGGUGAUGGCUGACAAAGUUAUCCUCAAGGGCGUAAUAUUCUGCGAGUGCAGUGAAGAAGUUUGUACCCAGCGUUGCCUGAAACGUGGUGCCAGUGGAAGUGGACGCAGCGACGACAAUGAGCAGUCUUUGGUCCUGCGUCAUCAAACUUAUUUGAAAAAUACUUUACCCAUCAUAGAAAUGUAUGAGCAGCAAGGUUUAGUUUAUAAAGUUAAUUCUAUGAAAACACCAGAAGAGGUCUUUCAGGACGUUGCAGAAUUCUUUCCUAAGAUAGGAUGGAUAGACAUUGUCAUAUGGGAUAGCACCUAUAUUUUAUAGAUUUUCUUUAUUUUAUGGAAAAGUACAGAUUUACCUAACUUUAUCACUGGUGUCAGUAUUUUAUCUCAAUUUUUUUAAUACGUUGCAGCUUAUAUACUGCAAAAAACAUUCCUUUACAAAUGUAUAAUACAAUGUGAAUGGAUAAUGAUGUCAACAAUUGGAAUUCAAAAUCUGUAAAUAUUCUGCCAGAAUUGUUAAUAGCGAUCGGCAGUAAAAGUUCUUUGAUACAAUCUUAUAUACAUAGCAUCAUACGCGU